AUGAUCAAAGAUGGAUAUAAGCUAUUGGGUACAUCAUUACCAAAAGAAGCCGAUGAAUGGUCAGGUGAAGCGGAACAAGAACUUGAAGUAUAUAAAUCGCUUGAUGCAAAUAAAUUACUUAAUGCAUUUGGUACUUACGGACGUUAUCAAAUGAUUUCUUAUAUAUUAUGUCAGUUAACCAAUUUUUUUUAUGCUAUAUCAAUAUUUAUCAUGAUUUUUGUGAAUCGAAAACCAUCCGAUUUUACUUGCAAAAUUAAUGAUCCGACGCGAAUGAAAAUGAUUAAUUCAAUGGAUCCAUGUAUCAUUAAAGAUUUGAAAACAGGAAAUGAAUUGUUAUGUUCAUCAGUUAAUAGUGAUACAUCAAUUAUCAGCAAUUCAACAAAUCGAUCAUACAGUAUACUUUUCGAGUACGAAUUAUUAUGUGUCAAUCCUUUUAUACAAGAAGCUGGAUUUUCCAUUUUUUCAGCUGGUGCUCUUAUUUUUGUACCGAUAGCAUCACAUCUUUCCGAUCGAUAUGGUCGUCGACGUAUCCUUUUAAUUUCGAUUUAUUCAAGUGUUGUAUUUAAUUUUAUCACAGUAUUUUCACCGAAUUAUGCAAUCUUUGUGAUAUUGCGAUUUCUUGAAGGAGCAGCAGCUGAUUCUUAUUUGACAAUUAGCUCAAUUCUUUGUUGUGAAACAGUUGCCGGAUCAUUUCGCGAAUGGAUAAGUUUAUUUGGAAUAACAUUUUGGAUACUUGGAUAUUUGUAUGUGGGAAUUCUCGAACUAUUCAUUAAGGAUUGGAGGAAAUUAUACUUUGCAUCAGCAAUCCCGAGUAUAUUAACUGUUAUAUAUUAUUGGUUACUUCCAGAAUCGCCGCAUUGGAUGCUAUCACGCCGGCGGAUACGUGGUAUCCAGCAAUAUAUUAAAACAUCUUCAUGGUUCAAUAAUGUUGAAAUCGAUUUGAAUGAAUGUCGGUCGGAAAAUAUCCGGAAGACAACAACGAAAGGAUUUAGAGAAAGAACUCUGUGUGAUUUAUUCAAGUAUAAACGAAUUAUAUAUUUUCUACUUGUUAACGGAUAUAUCACGAUGGCUAUGAAUUUUUAUUAUUUUGUUGUUUCACUUGAUAGUAUCAAUUUAACUGAACAUGCAUUCACCGGUUAUGUCUUAUCCGGUUUAUCAGAAUUACCGGGAGGUAUUAUUGUGAUUCCAUUGCUGCAUUUCUUCGGCCGUCGUUCUGUUGCAUGUGUAUCAUUUUUUUUGCAAGCUACUGCCGCACUUGUCACGCCAUUCGUUCGAGAAGUCCGAUGGGCCCGAAUAUCAUGCAACUUAUUUGGAAGAAUGAUCAAUGAUGUAGUUUAUGCAACCCAUCCAUUAUUGGCGAAUGAAAUGAUGCCGACAACAAUUCGAACAAUUAGUUAUUCAAUAAUUAAUAUACCUCAAAGCAUUGGAAUUAUGUUUUCACCAUUACUCAAAUAUACGGAUUUGGGUGAUGGUAAAAUACCACAAUUUAUUCUAGCCGGUUUAUCAUUUGCUGCAGCAGCACUGACCAUUACUUUACCUGAAACCAAAGAUAAGCCAAUGCCGGAAGAUUUAAAUCAACUGGAUCCAGGACCAUUUCUGAAACAUUUCAUUACAAAGCAAAGUUUAACGAAGGAUUAA